AUGACCUGGAAGAUACUCCAGGCCUUCUCAGAUUGCUACUUGGCCUGGGACCCGGUGUUGAACCCGAUGCGUGUCCCCAAUUUCGCCUUCGCCUGGCUUGAGCUCAUCAGCCACAAGAUCUUCAUGCCUCGCAUCUUGAACAUCCCGGCGCGUCGGGGCUGGCUACUGUUCCAUCGCCUGUUCAUGGGCUUGCUGAACUUCAUCGGCCCCUACUUGAGUCGCAUCAAGAUGUCGGAGACUUGCAAGUCGCUCUACAAGUUUGCCCUGCGCACGCUGCUGGUGCUCUUGCACGACUAUCCCGAGUUUCUCGCGGACUAUCACCACGCCUUCUGUGACGUCAUCCCUUGGCAGUGUGUCCAGAUCCGCAACUUGAUCCUGGCAGCCUUCCCGCAGAACAUGAAGCUGCCUGAUCCCUUCACGCAGAACUUGAAGGUUGAUCAACUCCCGGAGAUCAAGAUGGCGCCGGUGAUCCACUCCACCUACAUGUCCAAGAUGAUGAUCUCGGGAUUGAAGGCGGACGUUGAUCAGUACAUCCGUACGAAGGACAAGAGUCACCUCAAGACCAUCAUGUCGAAGCUGUUGCUGGAAGACCAGAAGCUUGCGAUCGACAUGGGGACAAAGCUUGGCUCCUAG